AUGAAGUUAAAGACUCAAGUGGAAAAUAAAGUUAAACUGUCGAUUCCCCUGUUUGACUUUGACAAAGCUGAUGUUAAUGCCAUUAAAGAAUAUGCUGAUAAUAAACUGUUCGAUUUCUUUCAAUUUUCAAACACCCCAGUUGCUGGAAUUGUAGCUUGUUUAUUUACUCUAUCAAUAAUUAAUGUUGGAUGGUUAAAAGACGGUUCUAAGAAAAUUGAAGCUGUAUUACCAUCUCACACCGGAAAACGAAAGAUUUCUGAAAGUGGUGCUAUUUUUGACUUAAUGGUAAAGUUUUCAAAAUCUGUUAGCUAUGUUCCAGAGUAUGUAGUUCAAUUUUCUGGAGAAAAUAUCUCUAUUUUGAAUGAAUUUUUAUCAGAUGAUUUUAUAAGACAGUCAUCAAUUAAAGAAUAUGAUUCCGAUGAUUCCAUUGAUCGUCUGUCAAUUACCGAUUUUGAUGAACAUCUUCAUGAGAAUGCAGCGUAUGAUAAAAAUCCGACUUUUACUGCAAUUUGGCUUGACGGUGAAAGGGAAUAUAGAAAAUUGUUUUAUCCAUGGAUGAAAGGACGUUCACCUCCAAUAAAUGUAAUGCUUAAAGUUUUACCAAACUCUGCUGAUGAAUUAAAAGAUCUUUUAAACGAGCUUAAAUCAUACUACAAGAAUGCAAAAGCAUCCGACCCCAUUAAUUUCUAUGGAAUAACGUACAUUUCAGACUUAGAAAGCUACAUGGUUGUCAUAGAAUAUUUUGAAUAUGGUGAUCUUAGAGAUUAUUUAAAAACUAAUUUUAUCGAAUUGGAAUGGAAGUCGAAACUCUAUUUACUUGAUUCCAUUGCCAGAGAUAUUUGUAAUAGUAAUAUUGAUGAAUUAAAUGAUGAAGAUUUAGAUAUUCGAAAAGCGUUUGAAGCAGCUGAUAAAUAUAUUCCUGAUAUUGCAACAAAUGCUUAUACAAACGUUCAUCCAAAGACUACAUGGAAGAGUCAAUUUUUAAAAUUGCCAAAAUUCCCAAGAAAAUGA